AUGGCGGCGGCGGCGUCGCCCGCAGGGGGUGGGGCUGGGCCGGGAGCCCAAGAAGAGGAGGAGCACGAGGUCGUUCGCGUGCGGGUCAAGAAAUGCGAAGGCUUCCUGCAGCCCGAGUUCCGCACUUUCGCCGUGGACCCUCAGAUCACCUCGCUGGACGUCUUGCAACACAUCCUUAUCCGAGCCUUCGAUCUCAACGGGAAGAAGAACUUUGGCAUCAGCUACCUGGGCCGAGAUAAGCAGAGCCAAGAGAUGUACCUCGCUCUGGUGUCCGACUGGGAUCUGGGCGUGGCCUUUGCUAGCGCCUCCAAGCCUUACCUGCAGCUCAAGAUAGACAUCAAGGCCUCUGAGGACAGCCCCCUCCUGGAGGACUGGGACAUCAUCAGCCCCAAAGACGUCAUCAGCACCGACCAGCUUCUGGUGGAAAAGCGGUCUCUGGCAGCGGCGGCUCUGCCCUUCACCCAGUCCAUCCUCUCCCAGGUUGGCAGGACGCUGUCCAAGGUCCAGCAGGCCCUCAGCUGGUCUUACGGGGAGGACGUCAAGCCUUUCAAGCCCCCCCUGAGCGAUUCGGAGUUCCACACGUACCUGAACCACGAGGGCCAGUUGAUGAGGCCCGCCGAACUGCGCCUGCGGAUCUUCCACGGCGGAGUCGAACCCUCGCUCCGCAAGGUGGUUUGGAGGUACUUGCUCAAUGUCUACCCCGACGGACUGACCGGGCAGGAGCGGAUCGAUUACAUGAAGCGGAAGGCGCGGGAGUACGAGCAGCUGAAGGGGGAGUGGAAAGCGCGGGCCGGCCCCGAGGACCUGGACUUCAUCCGGGGCAACGUGCUGAAGGACGUCCUGCGGACCGACCGCACCCACCCGUACUAUGCGGGCUCCGACGACAACCCCCACCUGCGGGCCCUGCACGAGCUGCUGACCACCUAUGCCGUGACGCACCCACAGAUCUCCUACUGCCAGGGCAUGAGCGACAUCGCCUCCCCCAUCCUGGCCGUGAUGGACAAUGAGGCCCACGCCUUCAUCUGCUUCUGCGGCAUCAUGAAGCGCCUGGAGGGCAACUUCCAGGCGGACGGUGAGGUCAUGUCGGUCAAGUUCUCCCACCUGAAGCUGCUCCUUCGCCACUCGGACCCGGAGUUCUUCUCCUACCUCCUCUCCCGGGGUGCCGACGACCUCUUCUUCUGCUACCGCUGGCUGCUGCUGGAACUCAAGCGGGAGUUCGCCUUCGAGGACGCCUUGCGCAUGCUGGAGGUCACCUGGAGCUCCUUUCCCCCCGACCCUCCCGAGAAGGAGGUGGAGCUGGUGGGCCCGCCGGCCAGGCCCAGAGACAGUGGCCAGACGGUCCGGAGGAGGCACAUGCUGCGUCCGGCGUGCAGCUUUGAGGCGUCCGGGGAUCGUCCUUGCCUAGGGGCCGUUUCCGAAGAGAAGCCGUUGGUCAAGCAGUCUAGCUUUGGGGAGUUCAAGUAUUACAGCGCUCGCAACGAGGACAGUUUGGAAGACGACCCCUCCCCGAGAUCUCCACGCUCGGUGGGGGAGGACGAGGACCGUAGCGGCGAACAGGACCCCUUGAUCCCAACCCCGAACGUGGCCAAGUCCUUCUCCGCUCCGUCCCUCCGGGCUCCCACCCCGCCCUCCCGAGGCUCAGCUUCUCCGUCGACCAAUGGCAACGAGGACAGCCUGUCUGAAGAGAAGGGCGAUUCGGCAGCGAACACCCCUUCUCCGCCUUCGUGUGGGCCCGCCGCGGCUUCGCCCACUUCCGCCGGCCUCCCCCCUCCACAGGAAUUCGGCAAGGGCAACCCUUUUGUGCUCUUCUUGUGCCUGGCCAUCCUCCUGGAGCACCGGGACUACAUCAUCAAGAACAACAUGGACUACAACGAGUUGGCUAUGCACUUUGACCGCCUGGUCCGCCGGCACAACCUGAACAAGGUCCUGCACCGUGCCAAGGCCCUCUUCGCCAACUAUCUGCAGUCCGAAGUCUGGGACUCCGAGGAGGGCGACGAGGCCGCGGCCGAGUCCCCCGCUGCGUCCUGACCCCUGCUCUCUCGCCAGGCGGGGACCGGUUCCCUGCUCUCCUUAGGG